AUGAGUGCCGUCGACGAUCCUACAGGCGAAUAUGCCUUUUUGGCGAAACUCGUCCAGCACAUGGACAGACACCUCAUUUUCCCUUUACUUGAGCACCAGCUCCGUUCGGAAGACAUCUCACAAGAGCGCUAUGAUGACCUCAAACUCGCCAUUUUCAAUCUCCUCAAGAACACCAACAUGAUCGAUUACGUGGGAAACCUGUACAAGGAAAUUAACAAGACAGAAUCUACCCCUCCGGAGUACGCCAAAAAGAGAGAAGAAGUCUUGAAUAAACUAUCCACGUUUGAAGAAGAAUCUGCACACCUUACGAACCUCCUGAACGAUGAAGCAGUCACCUCCCAACUACGCAGCGACAAAGUCGCCAACUUGAAAUUCCUCGAAGAAUCACACGGCGUCACACAACAGAUGGUUGACGAUCUCUACGACUUUGGCCGAUUUAGAUAUGAAUGCGGUCUCUACCCCGAAGCAGCAGAUCUCUUAUACCGCUUCCGAGUCCUGUCUACAGACAAUGAUAAAGUCGUCAAGGCGACAUGGGGUAAGCUAGUUUGCGAGAUUUUGGGCGAAGAGUGGGAAAAUGCAUUGGAAGAAGUCGAGAAAGUCAAAGAGCACAUUGAGACGCGGCUGUUUAACAACCCGCGCGCGCAACUCACUGCUCGAGAAUCUCUCGUCCACUAUGCCCUGUUCCCUUUUUUCAACUACGAGCCAGCCCGCGAAAAGCUCACGGAAAUGUACUUCUCUCCACCUUACAUCUCGUCAAUCCAGACCGUGUGCCCCUGGAUCCUUCGAUAUCUCGCCGCCGCAGUCAUCACGAACCGGGCCCGCAUGAACAAUUCACACAAUUACCAGAAACAACUCAAGGACCUGGUGAGGGUGGUCAAGCAAGAAGUUUACGAAUAUCAGGAUCCGGUGACCGAAUUCGUCAAGGCACUGUAUGUAGACUUUGACUUUGAAGGUGCCCAGAAGAAGCUCUCUGAGGCUGAGGCUAUCUUGAGAGGUGAUUUCUUCCUAGGAUCUUCGACGGAUGCAUUCAUGGAGUCGGCACGGCACUUGAUUUCCGAAAGCUACUGCAAGAUUCACCAGAGAAUCGAUAUCAAGGAUCUCUCCACCCGCCUCGGCCUUUCCCCCAGCGAAGGUGAGAAAUGGAUCGUCAAUCUCAUCCGUGACACCAAAGUCGAUGCCAAGAUCGACUAUCAAGCCGGCACUGUCGUUAUGAACCACCCUCCACAAAGCGUGUACCAACAAGUCAUCGAAAAAACGAAAGGCGCUUUCUUCCGCACACAAGUCCUCAGUGCUGCUGUUGCUAAGUAG